CUCUUUUCGACGCUAAUCACAGCGCCAACGAGAGCGCGCGCGCACCGGCGGUGACUGCUGUUCCACGUAAAUCAAAAACUCGCAGAUAUUGCACGAAAAUAUGAGUACGAUGGAGCGCAGCAGCAAGCGCCACAAGCAGCGGAAAGUCUUGCUGAUGGGCAGGUCGGGCGCCGGGAAAUCGUCGAUGCGGUCCAUCAUAUUUCAAAAUUACGUGGCAAAGGAGGUUCGAAAACUGGGCGCAACGGUCGAUGUGGAGCACAGCAACAUCAAAUUCAUGGGCAACUUGAUGCUCAACUUAUGGGACUGUGGAGGUCAAGACUCGUUCGUCGAGUCGUAUUUGACGAACCAGCGAUCUCAUGUCUUCACGUCGGUGGCGGUAUUGAUUUUUGUGUUCGACAUUGCCUCCCGGGAAGCCGCUCCCGACAUGCUCAGUUUCGCCAACACGAUCCGAGCGUUGCAGGAGUUCAGCCCGAACAGCAAGAUCUUUGUUCUCAUACACAAAAUGGAUCUCAUCUCGGGCGACCAUCGAGGCACACUUUAUGCGCAGAAAGCGAGCGACAUCCGGGCGACGUGCGAGGAUGAAGGCUUCACAGGCAAGCAAGUGGACAUUUGUCCCAGCUCGAUCUGGGACCAGAGUCUCUACCGUGCCUGGACACAAGUCAUUUAUUUCCUGGUUCCUAAUGCCACUGUCAUCGAAGGGAUGCUCGGAAAGCUCGCCGAGUUACUCGAUGCUCGCGAGAUGAUCCUGUACGAGCGCACGACAUGCCUGGUCGUGACACAUAUCACGCGCGGAAGCGAAGCACAGAAUCCGUACACGGACCGCUUCGAACGCAUCAGCAGCAUCCUCAAGACACACAAACACUCCAUGUCCAAGCACACGGGGAUGAUGCCAUCGGAAGUCUCGUUUGCAGAAAUGCAGAUCAAAACGGGCACCUUUAUGUUCUUCAUCACACGCCUGACAGAAAACACCAACUUGGCCGUGGUCAUGCCCAGCGACGAAGCAUCCUACAACGCCGCGCGGGUCAACGUGCAGCUGGCACGGCGAGAAUUCGCACAUCUCGAUAUAGUGGAGAAGAAGGGUAAAGAGGUGCAGUCCCACAACAGUAGUAGUAAUACUAGUGGUAGUGGUAGUGGUAGUAGUAUUAGUAGAACGAAUCAUGCUGCCACCUAUCGCGAGACUGCCGCAACUCGCGACGAAGAGCGAGACGACGGCAGUGAGGAUUCCGAACCCAUGUCGUCGAGUCGAAUCAUGCACGAUGGGCGAUGA